AUGGACUGCACAGAGAUCACAAAAAUCCCAUCACAACCCUACCACCCCAAUUCUGAAAACCAUACCAAAGAACACCAUCAAACCAAAAAUUUCCAGAAUGAUGGAGAGAAACAGAACUUGAGGAAAAUCCCAAAAGCACUAAACGGCUGUAGCAAUGGAAGAAAGUUCACUGGGGUAAGACAAAGGCCCUCAGGAAGGUGGGUUGCUGAAAUCAAAGACUCCUCACAGAAGCUGAGACUCUGGUUAGGGACUUUUGAUAAACCAGAGGAGGCUGCUUUGGCUUACGACGCUGCUGCCCGGUUUCUUCGAGGCCGAAACACGAAAACCAACUUCCCUGCAGAUUUUGCAAAGUGCAGCCUGUUGGGAAAGAACCCAAAGCUCUAUGAGCUUCUCCAACAAGCGGUCAUGAAGAAGAACCAUGCAGGAUUUGCUGCUGUUCUCAACUCCUUGAAACCUCCCUGGGAAAGUCAGAACAGAGAAGGAGAAACUCCGGACCCGGUCGAUUUGGAUGGGCUUGUUGGAGAACCCGGAGUCUGUGCAUUGAGCUCGGAAGAUGGGCUUGGGUGGUAUGGCUUCCGAGAAGAAGACGAGCUCGGUCGACUCUCGGUUGGUGGUUCUAAGGUCUAUUCUUCUGUCAUUGUGGCUCCUUCCUUUAGCAGUACUACAAUGACAAAGCAACUAUGGAAGCAUCAUGGUUCAUAA